AUGAUUAUUACUGGAGACAAUGUUGAUGGUAUCUUUGAUCUUAAGGCAUCCUUUCACCACACUUUUGAGAUGAAAGAUCUUGAUUUUUUCAGUUAUUUUCUUGGUCUUGAUGUCAUUUUCUCAGAUGAUGACAUCUAUCUCUCUCAAGUUAAGUAUGCUUCUGAUCUUCUUGCUCGAGCCAGAAUUACAGAUAGUCACACUGAAUCUACUCCUCUUGAGCCUAAUGUUCGGUUUACUCCUAUGGAUGACACUAUUUUAGUUAAUCAUACUCUUUAUCAACAGUUAGUUGGAGGUCUUGUCUACUUGACUGUCACACGACCAGACGUCGCCUAUCUAGUUCAUGUUCUUAGCCAGUUCUUGUCAGCUCCUCAUACUACUCAUUAUGCUGCAUACUCCGAUGCUGAUUGGGCUGGUGAUCCCACUGAUUGUCAUUCUAUUACUAGUUAUUGUUUGUUUCUUGGUGACUCUCUCAUUUUCUGGCAAGCUAAAAAACAAACGUUCACUGCUCGAUUAAGCACUGAAACUGAAUACGAUGCUCUUGCUAACAUCAAUGCUGAGGUUGUCUCGAUUCGUUGGCUUCUCGAAUACUUGGGUGUCCCUCGAUAA